CAUCCCCACAGCCACAGUUUUGCAUCAUUCUCUACCCAAAAUGAACGGCGCCAACCAAGAAUCACAGCCAUUUCACCCUUCUAUCUCCUCACCAAUGUCAAAAGAAGCAAGCCCUUUUCAUAGAACAAUGUCAGACUCAUUGCCUAGCACUUCCCGUCAUUCAUCAUUCUCAUCACCACCAUAUGAUGAGAACUCGGAGAAAUGGGGGACUCGUGUCAUGGGAAAUCCUGCUGUUCCUUCGUGCCAUCCAGAUAAUAAAAAGGCAGCCUUAUGGGGUGCAACUGAUGAUGAAGCCCAGAAGUUCCAUCAUCCAUACCUCCAGUACAGCCCCAUUGAAAAAUCAUCACGUAGCAGUAAGGAAUCCAUUCUCCAGGUGUUUAAUUCUUGGGGCACCAAGGCUGACACCAUCGCUCAAAAUAUCUGGCACAACCUCAGGACUAAUUCAUCUGUUCCCGGAGCCGCAUGGGGCAAGGUGAACCUGACAGCUAAAGCAUUAACAGGAGGUGGGUUUGAGGCUCUAUACAAGCAGACAUUCACAAGUACUAAUCCAAAUGAAAAGCUGAAGAAGACAUUUGCCUGCUAUCUGUCCACAACAACAGGUCCAGUUGCCGGAACCCUUUAUCUAUCUGAUGCUCAUGCAGCUUUCUGUAGCGACCGUCCCUUGUCUUUCACAGCACCCUCAGGCCAGGGAGCUUGGAGUUAUUACAAGGUAAUGAUACCUUUGAGCAAGAUUGGCACCAUCAAUCCUGUAGUCAUGAGGGAGAAUCAAUCCGAGAGAUACAUCCAGAUCGUUACAAUUGAUGGACAUGAUUUCUGGUUCAUGGGCUUCGUUAAUUAUGAGAAAGCAUCGCGGCAUCUAACAGAAAGUAUCUCAAGUUCUGUAGGAAGCAUAGCAGCAGAGCCGAUGGUUGUAUAAAAUUUGUGGCCCUACCAGAUCCCAUUGGAUUCUUUCUCAGAGAGAUUUUCAUUACUGGUCUUUUUUCUUCUUCUUUUUGUUAAAAUCUCUACCAUAUACCAUAUCGCAAAGCAUUUUUCUUUUCUAUGAUCUUCUCCUAUGAAUAAAAUUACGUCAUUAUUUUGUCUCA